UCAGCGUGUGUGUCUCGUGUCUCUCGUGCGGCAACAGCAACCUGCAACUUGCAACAUCAGUGGCAACGUGCAACACCCAGCAGCAACUAGCAGCAUAAAUUGCGUGUUUCUUGACUUUGACUCUUUGGGGCCACAAAAUACGAUACGGCGAUUUCGAAUUUCAAGUUUCCCGCGCGCUAGCUUUUCUCAAAUCAAAUUUUUGUUGACCGCCGACUGUUGAGUGUUUUGUUUUGGUUUUUGCUCGUGUUGUGUUGUCACGUGCUCAUUUGUUUAUUUGUUUUUUGUUGCUGUGCUGUGUGGUGCCAAUGAAACAACCGAAUUCGAAAGAGCAACCAAAGCAACGUGCAGCAUUUGCUGAACUUCUUUUGAAAAUACAAGAGUGGAUUUUGUUUUGAGAACAGCAGCAUCCUGUUAUGGUAGAUGGACCGCCAAAUCAUCUGUAUUUUUUUGGAAAAUCCUCAUUGCACCUGAAGCAACCUGCCAUUUGAUGGGCUUUGUUUGAACAUUGCAGUUGUGGGGCAGGACCAAAAAACUUGCAACUGGUUGGAGGAGAGAAAAGAGACGAAAGCCCGAAACCAGAAACCAGAGACAGGAAAACACAGUGGCAAGCAAAGUGUUGCAUACUUGGCAGUUGCAUACACUUGGCACACAUACGUAAAGUGUGAAGAUACGAAUACGGAAACGGAUAUAUACGAAGACAUACAUACAUAUAUAUAGAUAUAUAUCCGCCACUAUAUAGACGGGGCAACAUGCCGUCGUCAGCAAUAAAUAAAACAGCACGCAGUGUUGCCAAUACGAUCCAAUUGCUGGCAAUCGUUCUCUAUUGCUGCUGCAUGGUGCAUGGACAACAGCAGCAGCAACAGCAGCAGCAGCAACAACAGCAGCAACAACCACAGCAUCACUUGAAGUACCAGCAAUUGCAAUAUCAAAUGCAACAGCAAUAUGAAUACCAGCAGCAGCAGCACUACCAGCAGCAGUUCCAGCAGCAACAGCAGCAGCAGCAACAACAGCAGCAGCAGCAGCCACACCUGACACCCACAGCAACACUUGGCCAUCAGCAGCAACACGAGGAGCAAAUCGACCUGCUGUCCACACAGCCAACUCAGCUCUUGCAGACGGGUGUUUCACUGAUUGUGGAGGAUUCCAAGGGCUCCGGCGAUGCGAAUGGCAAUGGAAAUGGAAGUGGUGGCUCCUCCAACCGCCGACGCACCGCUCAGUUGGCCACCCGGAAGCGAAAACGACGCCCCCAACUUCCAUUGGCCACGAUGGGCGCCACAGAGGAGGAUUCCGGUCCAGAUCCCACCGCCGCCUAUUGGCGCGGUCAUGUGGAGGAUGAUGCCGAUGCCCUGAGGAGAAGGAAUCAACCGUUGGUCAGGGAACCCAUGGCGGCUCUCGAAAGGGAUCGCGAGCGGGAGAAACAGCGCCAGCGGGUGGAGCCCACGGAUGCCAGUCCGCAGGGCAGUAAUCCCAGCAAGGCCUAUCGUCGUCCCUACGGGCAGGCCAAGAAGGAACCUUUGGCAGAGGCUGGUGGAGCAGUUGCGACCAAGACGUCCGUGGAUCUCAAGAAUAUCCUGAAGAAUUCCGGUGGCCUGAGUCUCAGUGAAAUCCUGCAGCAGAAGAACCUCUCGCUGGACGAUCUACUCAAGGGAAAACAGAAUGCUCUGCUGGCCCUGCAGACCACAGCGGUGGCCCCUUCACCAGUCUCCACUUACUCCUCCGGCGGCGCUCGAGGGGAUUCCCCGAAGAAGUCACCCGGCCAACAGAAUAAGCAGGGAGUGCGCCGACUGCCGGCUGCCUAUACCACCACUAGCACCACCUCCGGGAAUAGCGAUGAGGACGAUUCCUUGGUGGGCCAGAAAAACAAGGCCAAAUACCCCACCGCCCUUCAGCGCUUGAAGCUCUUUGGCAGCUCUUCGCGGGAGAGCAGCACCACAAGACGCAUCCUGGGUGGGAUCAACGGUCAUAGUAGCACCACCAUGGCCACCAGCACAACUGGAGGUGGCGGCUCCAGCAGCACCACCACCACCACCCGCGUGCCACUCUACAAAAAGCGACAGCACUUGCGGUCCACCCUAAAGCCACCGGGACUGUUUAAGGCGGUAACUAGCACCACUAGCACCACCACCGCAGCGGCAGUGACCACCACUCAGGAGGUGGAGACCAGCACGGCCUACUCCACCACCACGGUGGUUAGCAACCUGGAGGAGAGCCAGGAGGAGGAGGAGCGGGAAAACUCAGAGGAGAGGGAAAGAGACGCGGAGCAGGCGGAGGAGAGGCACAGGCAUGAUGAGCAGGAUCAGGAGCCGGAAGAGCCCGAAGAGCAGCCAGAUUCCAGUGAAGCAGAGUCGGGAGAGGGCAGUGCCCCCACCGAGGCGCCAGAACCACCACCUCCAUCCUCCCUGCCACCCGGUAAUCCCCGUUAUCGUUUGAGGAACUCCAGCAUCAAGGAGAACCCGAAGCGUUUGAAGGACAACUUCAUAGGGAGCAACAUUGGCGAGAGUGCUGAGGAAGUGGAGCUGGGUGAACCCAGUUCGACUACGUCGGCAACACCCUCGGGCAAGAGCAGCGAUGAACUGAAUUACGGGGAGGACGAGCUGGAGAAUUUCUUCGACGAAGUAGAGAGUAACACGCACCACACUCGAGUGCCGGCACCACCUGCACUUGCUCCCGUUCCCGCUCCUUCACCACCGGCCAGGUCACCACCCACUCCUGCAGCACCACCACCCUCUCCCUCCUUCGAACCGCCCUCCUCCUAUGCACCACCACCACCACCACCACCACCCAGUUUAUCGGCGGGCAAACCACCCCAGUUGAACAUCAUCGACGAUGUGGACGAUCGCACCGAUCUGCUGGAACUUAUCGAGGAUCGGCGGUCGGGCAACCGACUGUUCAAGGUCCUGGAGCAGCGCAACAUGACCCUGGAGGAGCUGAUCGAGCACCGGAAGCGCGGCUCCAGCCAGCUGCACCUGUCCACCAUCGUGAGCGGCGGCGACGAGCACUCCCGGCUGUAUCCCGGCCAAAAGGUCCUGCUGCAGGACAACAUGGACAUCGUCACGGCCUUCGAGAACUUCCCGCACUUCAACCUGAUGGACCUGAAGAGCGUCAAGCCCGACGAAAUCAAGACGGACUCGCAGGGCUCCAGCUACUUCACCUCCAUCAUCGACAUCGAGCCGAACGACGAGGUCAAACCGGUGGGAAGUCGAGGUCCUGCCUACGCACAGACCUCCUCCUCAUCGGCCACUAUUGGAGCGGGCACAGGAACCAUAGCCAUCAACGCGCGGGGCGAGAAGUCGCUGGGCUUCUUCCCCUCGUGGAAGACCCUGGCGCUGGCCUCUUUGGCCACAGCCACCGAGGAGCGAAAUCCCUACUUCCUGCCCCCGCCACGACUGCUGCUCGACGGGAGCUCCCAGGAGGCGGACUCCAGUCCGGAGUCUGAGCCCACCAGCAUCGACAUCGAUUUGAGCGUGAGUCCUUAUGGAGGCAGCAACUCCUCCGCCUCCUCCUCCUCCUCGAUGGUGGACAACAGCCGGCUGCCGCCGAACAACGAUGUGAUCGAUGAGAUCGAAAACGAGGUGGCGCGGGCACACGAUCUCCUGGACCUGGAGCUCUCCGGUCCCGGCUUCCAUCGCAGUCCGGCGGCAGCGGCGGCCACGUCGGCGGUUUCGCAACAGCAUCUGAGCAGCCUGUACGCCAGCAUGCCAUCCGGUAUCAAGUCGGCCAUUGUGGCCAGCACGGCGAUUGUGGUCACCGCCCUGGCCACCUUCCUGGUCAUCUUCGUGGUCUGCCGAUGGAAGCAGCAGCGGCGGCGAAAGAGCAGCUACCUGCGGACCUACAAUGCGAUGAAGAGCAAGCUGCCCCAGAUGGUGCAGCCAUCGCGGCGUCCCUCGAUGCGCCAGCACAUGGAGGAGCUGGUCGUGGGAUCCGGUUCGGGAUCAGGAUCCGGAACGGGUUCGGGAGCGGGCAUUGCCAGCAUUUCCACAUCGGUGGCCUGUUGUACGCCCGUCCAUCAGCUGCAACGGCAGAGUUCCCUGCUCUUUGCUCGCGAUGGAUCCGCCACCCUGAGCACCGCCACCUCGCUGACCACGAACGGCACGACGAACACCAGCAUCACUGGAACGGGGGCGCCACCAGGAACUGCCCCUCCGGAGCAGGGCGUGGGUGGGCGUGGCCUGGCCAUUUCGUUGAGGAGUGCCCAUCAGAAACUGAACACCAUGGAUCCCAACUCGCCGGAGGUGCAGGAAUAUCUGUUCGACACGCUGCGCAAAUCCUUCGACAAUUAGGCAUUAGGCAAUAGGCUCCUCUAGUAACAAUAGACCGUUGUUUAGGCCAAGUUUUAUAUAAAUGUACACGAGAGACACACACACCCACACACACACAGAGCCCCCAACAAAAACACACUCAACGCGAAGGAGCAAAAGUUAGUCGAUUAGUUAGUUUAAGCAGAUAGGAGGUGGAAUUUUUUUUGAGCUCGAUUAGAGGAACAUUCUGUGAGAGAAAGUAAAACUAACAAAAAUAAACCUAGAAAACACAUUCAGACAGUGCGUGGCAUGGCCAUAAGGCGGUUUGUAAAGGAGGGGUUUGUUUUUACAUUUAAAAUAUAUUGCUUUUAUUGAAAAUACUUUAUUGGAAUCUAUAAAAAAAACACUUUCAUAAAAUGACCAAAAUCGUAUAUAUUAUUAUUUUUCUAAUUUUUUAAGCCAAAACUAUAAAGUCCAAUCCACUCUACGUUUAUGCCGCGCACUGUUGCUAGUCUUUAAGCUCGGCAACUAUAAUUUCCAACUAUCUAGAUCUAAUUUACAAGUAUAAACCAUCAACUAAAGCGACUCUUUCAACUAAAUCAUAGGACACGGCAUUCAAAUGGGUUUCUUAAGCACGAGAUAAAAACGAAAGGUAAUUUAAACAAUGAGCAAAGGAACAGGAUCUUAGCCAAAAAGUACAGUUGUGUUCAGACUAACACAUAAUUCCAAAAAGCCCAAAUCGAAUAAAUAUUGAAAUUCGAGAGAGAAAAGAAAAACCAUUUAUGAGGACAAUAAAUAUUAACGAGAGAAAAACGAAAAAAAAAACGAGGAAAACUGUGUUCGAUACAAUUUAACCAAGCAAAUUUCUUUCUGGCACUGACUAAAAUACCAAAAUUUAAUUGAAAUUAGAUCAAGGCAAAGCAUAGAUGGGCGCUAGAUGGGCGUGGUCAUUAUCACAACAACACCAACAAAAACAACGACAACACUAAUAGUUUAAAUGUUCAAAUGCACUGCAAAAAGCAAGAGGGAAAAUAGAAGAAAUACUUGUAUUUAUUUUGUAGAGCAGCCACUUUAUUUUUGAUUUAAUUUGAUUCGAUUUUGAUACCACCCCCGCCCCCUUCACUAGGCAGUAGAACAUCUGGCGACAGUAUAUAUAUAUAUAUAAAUAUAAUUAUAUAUUUAAGCACGCUCAAAUAUGUAUGUAAAUAAGUUUCAAUUUGAUUUUUUUGAGAAAUAAAAUGUAGAACGAAUUGUGGCAAAGAUUUCAAA